AGCCGUAGGUGGUAUUCAGCGAGUCACAAUGGGUCUCCUUACCUUGGUCGAGGACCGCCCGACGCCGAAAAGUGUCUACAACUGGCGAGUGUACUUCUCUGCUGCCGUUGCUGGUUCUGCCGCCAUGAUGAUCGGCUACGACAGCGCCUUCAUCGGAGGCACUAUCGCCUUGUCGUCUUUCAGAGAGGAAUUCAGUUUCGAUAAGAUGUCUGAUUCUCAUGUCAACCUGGUCAGUGCCAACGUUGUGUCCUGCUACCAGGCGGGUGCAUUCUUCGGAGCGUUCUUCGCCUAUCCAGCUGGUCAUUUCCUAGGUCGCAAGAUUGGUCUCCUCAUUUCCGCUACUGUCUUUAUUCUCGGUGCCGGGCUCAUGUUGGGUGCCAACAGUCAACGCGGCCUUGGACUGAUCUACGCUGGUCGAGUUCUCGCUGGUCUUGGAAUAGGUGCUGCAUCUAACCUGUCUCCCAUUUACUGCUCUGAGAUUGCUCCUCCCGCGAUUCGAGGGCGUCUGGUGGGAUUGUAUGAAUUAAGCUGGCAAAUUGGCGGUCUUGUCGGAUUCUGGAUCAACUACGGCGUCAGCGAGAAUCUCCCUCCCUCCCACAAGCAAUGGCUUAUCCCAUUCGGCAUUCAACUCGUACCUGCUGGACUACUACUCGCAGGAGCGCUGGUCAUCAAAGAAUCUCCACGUUGGCUCUUCACCCGUAGCCGGCGUGAAGAAGGGAUCAAGACAUUGUGCUGGCUCCGUCAACUUCCCGCCGACCAUGUCUACAUGCAAGAGGAAAUCAUGGCGGUGGACAAUGCGAUUGAACACCAGCGCAGCACGGUCGGUCUCGGCUUUUGGCACCCAUUCCGAGCCGUCUUCACCAACCGCCGGACCACGUACCGCUUCCUCCUGGGUGGGUCGCUCUUCAUGUGGCAGAAUGCCUGUGGAAUUAACGCCAUCAACUAUUACUCUCCCACGGUGUUCAAAUCCAUCGGCGUCCGUGGCACCAACACGUCUCUUUUGACGACCGGAAUCUUUGGCGUCAUCAAGACCGUUCUCACCUUGGUCUGGCUCUUUUUCUUGAUCGACAAAUUGGGCCGCCGGACCUUGCUGAUCUGGGGAGCUUUCCUAGGAGGUUUGUGCAUGUGGUAUAUCGGUGGGUAUAUCGCCGUGGCGGAUCCUUCUUCCAAGGUCGAUCAGAACAGUGGCAUGUCAGGAGGAGGCAUCUCGGCGAUGUUCUUCUUUUAUCUCUGGACGGCCAUCUAUUCACCAUCUUGGAACGGCACACCUUGGGUUCUCAACUCGGAGAUGUUCGAUCAGGGUGUACGUACACUUGCACAAGCCUUUGCCGCUGCGAACAAUUGGUUCUGGAAUUUCAUCGUCGCUCGAUUCACCCCGCAAAUGUUCGCCAGCAUGUCAUACGGCGUUUACUUUUUCUUUGCAUCCCUCAUGCUCAUCGCCUCGGUCUAUGUCUUUUUCCUCGUACCCGAGACCAAAGGUGUCCCUCUUGAGGCCAUGGACCGCCUCUUCAGUCGAGAGUGGCCUGCCAGAAAGGCACACAAGGCAGUCUUGGAGGAAUUGCGCAUUCAGGAUCAAGAUUUCCGGAGACUGAGUAUACACGAGGAAAAAUCAGCGGUUGAGCAGCGCGAGGACUCUGGUGUUGAAAAGGUGUAGGCUUCAGCGAGUCGACAGAGUUCAUUUGGUGUACAUUGUGCAGUGUUCACAGUUUUGACAGUCAUGGGCGACGGAUCCUCGAAAAGGGGUUUAC